AUGGCUGCCUCCGUGAUUAGGCAUGCGACAAGACGGGCAUUUCAGGGCAAUUCGCUCCAAAUAUUGCAUUUUAGAAUAUUUUGUCCAGUCACCUGUAGUCAGAGAACAAUAUAUAGUCGACGAGGUGUUCGUAUCGAUACACCCGAGAAGACGGAAGAAUUCAUCGCUGUUCUUGACUCGAAAGAGCGAAGACUGUUGUUGUCACACCUACGAAGUUUAGAAGAACUGACAGCUAGCGAUCGUCCUGUUCAGUCACCAUCCACUAAACAACUAAGGCAAAUUGGCCUUUGUAAUGCUGUACCAUUUAUUGGAUUUGGUUUCCUUGAUAACGCUAUCAUGAUAAUUGCAGGAGAUUACAUUGACUACAGUAUUGGUGCUGUUUUCGGCAUUUCUGUCUUGGCAGCUGCUGCAUUGGGGAAUCUAGUGUCAGACUUGGCAGGUGUCGGACUUGCUGGUUAUGUUGAAGCAUUAGCAUCUAAAAUAGGGGUCCAUCGACCACACUUAACUCGGGAACAAGUGGACAUGAACUCUACUCGAUAUUCUGCAAGCUUAGGACGAGCUAUUGGGAUCAGUAUAGGAUGUAUAUUGGGAAUGUUUCCCUUGUUUUUCUUGAAAAAAAGUGAGAAAAAAGAAGAAAAUAGUAAAGAGAAUAUUGAGGAUGCCAAUAGGUGA